UUUCAGAGUACAGUAGUUGCAGACGCGUUCACACUGACUUCACAGCCUCCACCCAGGCUUUCCACCUGCAACAUCUGCAUUCACAGACUUAUUAUAGUAUAGGGUGUAAGGGAUCCUGUGGUGUGAUUCAAAGAAAGCUGCAUCGACCUGUACAUAACGUUUGUCAAUACCGACCGAAGAAAGACACCGGAUCGUUCCCGAUGUCCUCCCCAACAAUGUACCUCCGCGUCAAACGCCAAAAAACCAUCUACUUCCUCGAAUGCACGCCGCAAGACAGCAUUGGGUCCCUCAAAACCAAACUCGCGCACGGCCCACUCAACCGCGAAAAGGACCCAAAAGAUCUAAAGUUCUUUGUCGCGACGGCACCCCGGGCAGAGGCGGCGCCGGCGAAGGGGACGGCGAAGGCGGACGCGAAGGGGGAUCCGGCGCCGACGCCUGGGUAUGCGGGGUUGGAGGAUGCGGCGCUGUUGGAGCAGUUGGGGUUGGUGGAUGAUUCCGUUGUUUAUUUGGCGUAUUGGGUGCCUGGGGAAGGAAGCGGUACAGGCGCGUGGGAGCCAGUACAGGUACCUGAAUUCGAAUCAUUACACGAGGAAGAAGGUGGACAUGAUGCAGUCGAGCCGGAGGAUCGGAAGGGGAAGGGCAAGGCGUAGAUAGACUGGAAGCUCCGACAUGGGGUCAUUCAUGGGGGUGGAGGAUGCGGUGGAUGGGCCUGCACUGAGACAGCUUCGGCGUUGGGAUGUCGGGAGAUUGAGGCCGCGAUAAGUUAACAUUGGGAGAGCAAGAACGGAUCGACGUGUUUGGGCGGGGUGUAUAUUGGCCGGGAACAGUACGCCGGUCCCCCAUCCGCGAUCGAUAUCCAUUCCAUCAAUACGCCGCGUCAAGACAUGUGUAUAUGCACUGAGGAAUGCUCCUCGUCUCUCGUAGUCAGAUCCUUGCGUUCACGAGGUGAACGAAAGACCCUAUCCCCAUCCGUACUUUGCCUAUGCGGCGAGGAUACUAGAUAUACCCAAAAACCGAUAUACGGUGUUGUCUGUUAUCGUACUGUCGAAUACCUGGAGAGUGUAUUCAACGCAUAUUAGUGGCCGAAUGCAUAUUUUGGAGGCGUACAUUCCCAGGCGGUUUCUUACAUUUGGAACGCGUAGGUGGA